AGGGAGGCAGAGACAAACCUCCAGUGAAUGAGACAGAAAGACGGCGGAUUCAGCGGCAGCAGCGUGGUUCUGCAGCGGGACCGAAAUAGAUCUGAGAGGACUGGAUGUGCCGUCAGCUGACCGGCGACCCGUAACGGCAACAAAGCAACGUUCACGGCGUUCUCACAGCAGGAGAUCACACCGAGGGAGAGGGAGCGACGCAGAGAGAGCGGCAUAACAGAACACAACAACAAGCCCCCGGAACAAAAUGGAUGUACAGUCAGACGCCUCGGACCCGCCGCCGAGCGACUCGCAGCCCAGCGGCAAGAAGAAAGGCUUCAAGCUGUUCGGCAAACGCAAGCCAGGCAGCAUCUUCUCCAUCCGCGGCCGGGCGGAGGAGAAGGAGGCUGCGACGGUGGCCAGGAGCAAGGCGCCGGAGGGAUCGCCGGAGAGCGCCGCAUCCCCACCGGAGCAGGAGCCCGGGGAGACGGAGCACGCGCCGGAGGUGCGGGGCCCGGGCCCCAACGGCCAGGCGGACGGGGCGCUCCAGGACGAGGGGGUGUCCAUGAUGGCCGCCGCCCCCUCCCGCCCCUCCAUCUGCUCCAUGGGCUCCGUCAGGUCGAUGGGCUUCCUGCUCCGGCUGCGGGGCGGCGGGAAGGGGGGCCGGGGGGGGGAGCGCCAGGUGCAGACCGUGUCCCAGCCGCCGCCCGGGCGCCAACGGCGGGGCAUCAAGGGCCUCUUCAGCGGCGUCAAGUUCCCGCCGAACAAGGGCGAGCAGGAGGAGGAGCGGGCGGGGGCGCCGCCCAGCCCGCUGCUCAUGUCGUCGCGCUCCAACAGCGUGGAGAUCAUCAAGGAGGACAUGACCCUCACCCCGAGGCCGCCGCGCAACCGCAACAGCUCCUCGGAGAGCGAGGGCUUGGGGCCCGCGUCGCACGACUACGGCUCGGCGGUCGUCCCGCGCACGCCCGUCUCGCUCGGCCCUGGGACCCCGCAGGAGCCCGGCGACGCGGGCCUGAGCUUCCUGCUCUCGGACAUCUCCUCGCUGCUGACCUUUGACUCCAUCACCGCGGGCGGAGACAUCAUGGCCGACGUGGCGGCCGAGUGGGACAAGGCCAGCGCCGCCAUCAGCGCCCGGGACACCGAGGAGGCCCCCCCGACGGCGAGCCCGUCCCCCAAACACGUCGUCCGCUCUUACCCCGCGACGGCGUACCCCCCUCGCGUUAGCGCCGCGACGUCAACGAGACAGCCCGCCGCCGCUGUCCCCCCCGCGACCCCCCCCCGCUCCUUCACGGCCAUGGUACAGCCCACGGCGGCGCCCUCUUCAUUCACCCCCCCCAUCGCCGCUGACAUCAAGUCUUCCACCCUGUCCAGCCAUCCGUUUAAACCUCCCUCAGCGGUGUCUGCGUCUCCGGCCGCUGUCCCGAGCAGCUUCAUCACCGUGAGGUCGUCCGCUCAGAAACCCGCGGCGAUGCCUUCGUCGUCCCUGGUGACGCUAACGAGCUUCUCCACCCCGGCAGUAAAGACCUCCACCCUGAUCACGACCAAACCGCCGCUCUACCCCACCUCCGCCGCCGAGCCGGCGCCGACCAAACCCCCCGGCGUCACGCCGCCCUACAGAAGCCCGCUGACCACCCUGAGCUCUGUGACGGUGAAACCGCCCGCAGAGGCCCCCGUCCCGGCCGCCGCUCCGGCGCGGGACCCCAGCCAUGCCGCCCCGGCGCCGUUUACCUUCACCCCGGUAGCCUACACCCUCCCCUCCAACCUGCCCUUCAGUCCGACUGAUAAACUGGAUUCUAGAAACGGCCCGAGUUACCAGAGCUCCUCGGCCAAACAACCUCCUUAUGUCCUCUCCAGUUUCACUGCAGGGGAGCCUAAGGCCUCCGUGCUGCUGACCUGUCCCGUGCAGGCCAAACCACCGUCCUCUGUCCCCCCGGCCGUUCUCCCCAAGACGACAGUGCUGCCCCCUGCCCCGUUACCACCCUUACCCCCUUGCGCUCCAAACUUCAUAACCUCCGACAAAUAUGCUCCUUCUUUCGCCGCCCCCUCCGUCCCUUCCAGUUUUUCCUCCACACCGACUCCCACGUCUUUCACUAAACCCCCGUCUAUCCCUGCACCUGUCCCGCCCCGCACUACCUCCAUCGCUCCAGCCGCUCACCCUGCUGCUGCUGCCCCGGCCCACUUGGAUAAGACGCCAGCUGUCCCUGCUUCAGUUCCACUCGCGACCUCACAGGCUGCUGCCUCCGCUCUGACACUUUCCUCCAGCCCUCGCCCGUCCGCCCCGGCUUCUACUGCCCCUACCCUAGCUUCUAAAACCCCACCGCUCCCCAUACCCCCGCCGUUCUUUACAACCACCCCUAUCACCAGUACCCCGUCUCCUGUUACCCCAACCCCAUCUCCUGUUAGCCCAUCCCCUGCCCCUAUGACCUGUCUGUCAGCUUCUAAAGCCCCUACCUCAUCGUUUGUUAUCCCUAGCCCUUUCACCCCCGUUACCCGAACACCAGACCCCCCUGUCAUCAAACCAGCCCCUGCUGCCCCUUCCCAAUCUUCUAUUACCCCAACCCCAACCCCAGCCCCUAUGUCCUGUACCCCUGCUUCCAAACCCCCAACUCCAGCCUCUGUCAUCCCUACCCCUAUCCUCCCUACCGCGACACCUGUUCCCCGAACUCCGGACGCCAUGGUCCCUAAACCACCCCCUAUCACCCCCACCCCCGUAUCAAUCCCAGUUCCUCUUCCAAAGACUUCUCCUCCUCCGCCCACCGCCACCCCCUCUGGCCCGGGGCGUGAGCAGGCUUCGGUAGAACCGCCACCAGGGAGCCUGGCUGGGACGUACGACAAGGCAGCUCAGCGACCGGCCAGGAGAGAGGAGGCGGCCCCAGCCCCAGCAGAGCCUCACCAGACCGGCCUCCCGGGUCCCGUCAGGGAGAAGAGGCCGACCCCGGGGAAGCUGGUGGGACUGAGCAAGAUACCCAUCGUGGGCGGGGGGCGGGGGGGGAAGCCGCCCGUCCGGGACGCCCACCCGCCCCCGCACGGGGACGACGGGGACAGGAGCCCCGACUCCUGCUCCACGCCGGGGCCUACGCCGGGACCCACGCCCGCGCCCACGCCCGCGUCCUCCCCGGUGGACGAGAGGCCCCGCCUCAGCCCGCAAGACGGAAGAGGACGAGGGGCCGGCGUCCCCGCCCCCAGACCGUCCCAGCGCCCGGAGGAGAGUCAGCUGGCUCCGCACCCGCAGCCGCCGCGGGCCGCCGCCGGCUCCCCGCGUGACUCCAAGAUCCCCGUGAAGCACGGCGCUCAGCCCACGUCACAGCCCCCUCGCUCCAAGAUACCCACCUCCAAGGUCCCUGUCCGCAGGCUGGGGGCCAGCAAGCCUGCGGUCGCAAGCACCACCGCCCCCCAGAUGAGAAAAUGAGAAAGAGACGACGCUGUUGCUUUGCGGUGCAAAGGAUAACACAUAUCAUCUGGUUCGGUACCAAUUCCUCUUCCUCUUAUCACCUCGGAUGGUAGACCCUCUGCACACGUUCUGCUAGCUGAACGGUCCUUUGUUGUUGUUUCUUUAGGAUUCUUCUGGCUUCACUAUAUAACUACGCACGCUGGUGGAGGUCACUCAAGCACAGAUCUCCUUGAUAAGAGACAACGCCGAACAACAUCAGCUGUUCCUCACGACGCUGGGUCGACCGGACAUGCUCUCGGCUUUCUCGGGACGGACCUGUCCUGGAAGCAGGGGCAGUGGAACUAUUAUCAACUUUUCUUCCUUUGCAAGAAGUACUACAACACAAACGGACAAACACACACAGACAAUGGACAUGUACGGGCAAGUGCCUUUUUCAGGGUGCUUUUUCCUACAGACUCAAAUACAAAGUAUUUUCUACCGUCCUUUCAGCUUUUGUUACUCUCACUUUUUUAAGGGUCGGACCCUU